GCAGCUUCCUCUGAUUUCAUCUCUGUAUGCAAAGCAGCCGGGAAGGAUCAGAGCAGAGCCCUGGAAUUCCUAAAGCCAGAAAAUCAAUUUACCAGCCACGACAACAACAACAACAACAUCAACAACAACAACAACAGCAGCCUGCCAGGAAAAAACAGGAUGAGGAAUGUCCCAGGUAAAAUCUCUGGAGUUGGUUGGUUUGAGGAUAUAAAAGUGCUCCUGACCGGCGGCCCUGGAGCUGCCUCUGCUGACUGGUUCUCCUCGCUGACUGGGCUGUGCCUUCAUUGGGUUGGGACCUUCUCAUCCUUCCAGGUUGGAUUGGGAAAGAUGUCCUCCUAUGGCCAGCUGCUCAGCGCCCGCUGUGCUUCGCCCUGCGAGGUGACAUGCGCCCAGCCCUACGUCGACGCCUGCAGCGAGCCUUGCGUCGCCUCCUGCGGGGACUCGCGCGCCAUCGUCUACGCCCCACCCGUGGUCGUGACAUUCCCGGGGCCCAUCAUCAGCUCCUGCCCCACCGAGAGCAUCGUUGGGUCGUCCAUCCCUGAAAUCGGCGGGGGAAUGGGCUCUGGAGGGGGUGGGAUGGGGUCUGGAGGAGGUGGGAUGGGGUCUGGAGGAGGUGGGAUGGGGUCUGGAGGUGGUGGGAUGGGAUCUGGAGGUGGGAUGGGGUCUGGAGGUGGAGGGAUGGGGUCUGGAGGAGGUGGGAUGGGAUCGGGAUGGGGCUCUGGAGGGGGAGGAAUGGGAUCCGGAGGGGGAGGAAUGGGCUCCUCCUGUGGGGGGGGAAUGGGAGGGGGCUCCUCCUGCGGGGGGGGGAUGGGAGGGGGCUCCUCCUGCGGGGGGGGGAUGUCACGGCUGGGGAGCCUCUACCGCGGCUCCUAUUUCUCAGGCUACGGUAGGAAUUAUUAUCCCUAUUUUUCCCGAGGGUACUACAGGUAUCGCUACGGGAACUACGGGCCUUUUUAACCCUUUAAAGCUGAGGAAUGUCCAAAGGAAAAAUAGGAUGCAGGGUAGUAGUUGAGAGCUAGGAAUUCCAAGCAGUCUCUGCUCCAGCUGGUCCAGUCAGAGCUGGGGUUGUUUGGAUCUUGUUGUGCUUUAUCCAAGGCUUAGGAUCCCGAUGUUCCCUCCCUUUGUCCCUCGCUCCUGUUGUGUUUUGUACUCCCUGAACCCAAAGAGUCAAACCAGUCAUGGGACUGGGCUGUGAAAGUGUCCUGCUGGAAAAAGAAUGUCCUGGAAUGACUGCUGGACUGGAGUCCAGGCUGAAAUGGGAAUGCUGAAAUGGGAAUGCUGAAAUGGGAAUGCUGAAAUGGGAAUGCUGACAUGGAGAUCCCGUUCUUUGUUUCUGCACUGCCUCAUCCCACUUUUUGUUUGUAUUAAAGCCCUGUUGCAUCACA